AUGGGCAUAGAUGGAGUUCAGUCAAAGGAAGAGGGGGAUGAGGUGAAGGAGAAGGAGAAGAAAGAAGAUAAGGUGAUCCACCUGAGAAGGACGAUAGGUCUGCUUCCGGCUAUCUCCUUCAUCAUCGGUACCGUGGUGGGCAGCGGCAUCUUCAUUGCACCAAAAGGGGUUCUGAUGAACAGUGGUAGUGUGGGGCUGUCACUGGUGGUGUGGGCACUGUGUGGGGUCCUCUCGACCUUUGGUAAGUACCAACUGUCAUUUUAAAAGAGGUAGUGGGUACCUAUGAAGGCAGGAGGUGUAUAAUUGUGAUGUUUGAGAGUGGCAGUUGCUAACAUAAUAUCCGUCCUGAAACAUUUUUAUUAAGAAUUCACACAUCAGGUUGAUUCAGUAUUGUUAAAGGUCCAAUGCAGCCAUUUUUAUCUCAAUAUCAAAUAAUUUCUUGGUAACAAUUAAGUACCAUACUGUGAUUGUUUAUAUACAAAAAGAGCUUCUUAGCAAAAAGCAAUUUCUGACUCUGUCUGGGAGAGGUCUGAAUGAGGAGCCUAAUUGGAGGAGCCUAAUGGGAGGGAUAUGUAACCUGAAAACUAGUUGUUAUUGGCAGAGAGGUAUAUUAUUGUUAUUGGUCUAUUAACUUAUACUGCCUGGUGAUGUCGACAGGCAGGCCAAAACUCCACCCAUGCAAAACGAGCUGACAUUUCUGGCAGUCUUUUCAAACAGCUCUUACACCACUAAAAGGGCAUUAUCAUCAUUUUCCAAAUUUCACAGUAUUUUUCCAACCUCAUAGUGUGGAAAUAUAUAUAAAACACUGGUAAAUCACGUUGUUGACUGCACUGCCCCUUCAAUUCACAGGCAGCACACAACAUUCACUCCCCAAAUGGAAGUGUAGGCUACCCCAGAAGUGUAAUCUAGUACUUUCUGUAUUUUCUUUGGCAGUAAACUGUGCUGGAUGUAUUCACUUAGCUGAAUCAUCUGGCCAGGGUCCACAAUCCUCUGGUAUUUGCACAUGCGAUCAACCUUUGCACCUAAAAAGUAACUUUCACUUAUCUUAUUUAAUUAAGAUAACAGUUCCCUGUACAGGUUAUUGUCAUACAUGCCUCCACUAUUACUUGUAUCAUUAACACACAUUAACAAUGUUUACUAUUAAACUGAUGGUUUAACAUACAGAUAUAGGAUCUUAAUUUGAGCCAGUUUGCUACAGCAGGAAAAGGAGCCUGCAGGAACAGGAAAUAUGAAUUAUUAUGUAGAUUAUAAUUAAUGGCCAUUUUUGUAGGGGUUGAUGCAUUUUUCAUUAGGGCAAAUCAAGUCUGAAAUUUCUUAGUGGAAAUUACAAACUUUAGAAACCUUUUUAAACCUCAAAUACACUACAAGUUUGCAUUUCCUGCUGUGCAGGAAAAUUCUCAGCAACAAAAGUGAUCAAAUUAAGAUCUGUACUAUUCAUAAAGACUGUUUAUAGGGUAAUAUCAUAUGGCUGACCAAAUAAACAGAUCAAAAGAGUAGCAUGGGCUGAAAGCAGGGGGUGGAUGUCUGGCUGAUAUUUUCCAAGUUUUCCCCCAGUUUUUAACUUUAUUAUACCACAGUUAUAAGCACAGCUAUAACUAAUGAUAUGCACGGAAUUAUGAAUAUUUAAAAAAAUCAGUUUCCUGAAUGUAUAGAGAUACUGAUACAAUAUAAAAUAUCCCAGCCCACUGAGCAAAAACGUGUUGAAUCAACAUUGUUUCAACAUCAUUUCAACCAACAAAUUCAAUGUGAUGACGUUGAGUCAACAUGGAAAACUGACUAUAUUUGAAAAAAGUAAUCAACAUAAGGGAAUUUAGUAUUUUUUUCACCCAACUUUUCACCUAAAUCCAAAGACAUGGUGACAUUUUUUGUUGAUUUCGCGUUGAAUUCACGUUAGUUGACAACUCAACCAAAAUCAAAACUAGACGUUGAACUGACGCCUGUGCCCUGUGGGAGAUGUGUCAUCUGUCUCUGUCCUUUGUCCAGGGGCCUUGUGCUAUGCUGAGCUGGGAACCACUUUUACAAAGUCAGGGGGCCACUACACCUAUCUGCUGGAGACAUUAGGACCCUUGCCUGCGUUCCUGCGACUCUGGGCAGAGUUUUUAUUUAUCAGGUCAGCAGCCUGUAUCUCUGUGUCUCUUUUCAUACACUCUUAGAAUAGUUUAGGAGACAGUAUAGUUUAGUACAAGUUUGUCUAAUGCUUUUACUGUACUCCAUGUGGACUGUAAAGGCCAGCUGUAGCCUCCUACGUGUCCCUGGCGUUUGGACGUUAUGUGGUGGAACCCUUUUUCAGCCCUUGUGCUCCUCCCACAGCACUGAUUAAACUGGUCAGCAUCCUUGGAGUGAGUGAGUGACAAAAUACAAUCGAUAUGACUUUGUGAAUUGGUAUGAUUACUAUGGAACGCUAUUUCAACUAGGCCUAUCUUCCCCCUCUCCCUGUAGCAUUUGUGGUGGCGAUAAACUGCUGGAGUGUGACCCUGGCCUCUCGCACCCAGGUCACACUGACAUUCAUCAAGAUGUUUGCCCUGGUCCUAAUCAUCGUUCCUGGCAUCAUGGCAUUAGCCAGAGGUGGGGUAGUGGUUUUGGUAUAGUAACAUGAUACAUGAUACAAACAAUAUACCCAGGACCCUAUUCAAUCAAACCUGCUAACUCGUCUUUCUCUCUCCCCUCUCUAGGACAGACAGAGAACUUCCAGAAUGGCUUUGAGAUUGAUACACUAACACUGGAUAAGCUACCAUUGGCCUUUUAUUCUGGUCUAUAUGCCUAUGGUGGAUGGUAAGCAGUGCACAAGAAAAUCAAAUGUCAUACCAUUGUUGUGUUAUCCAUAAAGAACUGUUAACUGUUAAAUGGACAUCUUUUACUUUCUUUGCAGGUUUUAUCUGAAUUUUGUCACAGAGGAGGUCAUUAACCCAAAUAGGUAUUUUAAAAAAAAAAUGUAACGAUGUGAUUGACCAUUUAUUUCCACACAAAAAAAUCAAGUACCCUCAUGUCUGUGUUUGUAUACUCUAUUUUGUCAGAAACAUCCCACUGGCAAUCAUCUUCUCCAUGGUGACGGUGACUGUGUGCUACGUUCUUGUCAACGUGGCCUAUUACACCAUGAUGACAGCAGAGGAGCUUCUUGUGUCUGACGCGGUGGCUGUGGUCAGUACUGUGGCAUCAGAUGGUCAAAGCCAAGAGAAGGAAAAAUAACUACAUGUGAAAUGAACUGCAUGUCAGCCUAAUAUAUGCUGUCUGUUUAUCGCAGACGUUUGCCAACCGUGCUCUUCACGGCUUGGCCUCUGUGAUUCCUUUACUGGUUGCUGUAUCCUGUCUUGGGGCGCUGAACGGUGGCUUCUUUGGAGCACCCAGGUAAUUAAGCUGCACUCUUGUAAUUCAGAAACGUGCACCUUGAUGUACGCUUGGCUGGUUCUAUUCACGAGACGUCUGUCUGUCCGUGGUGCAGGAUGCUGUUCGUGGGGGCCAGGGAGGGACACUGGCCAGUCCUCUUCUCAAUGAUCCACAUCCGUAGAAACACGCCUCUGCCUGCUGUGCUGCUGCUGGUAUAGUCUAAUACUACUGCCCAUAGUCUACCUUGUCAACCCUAUUAGAGUCCCUUUAUAGACAUCUGUAUUGUGGGGAUGUCCUUCUUGGGUUGAUGAGGUAGGUCUAUGCUUUCAUGGUCCAGUUGAGAUGUUUGUGUUGUCCUUCCUGCAGUAUCCGUUGGUGGUAGUGAUGGUGGCCAGAGGAGAGAUCUUCCAGCUGAUCAACUUUGCUUCCUUCUCUCGGUGGCUCUUCAUUGCCAUGGCGACCAUGGGGAUGCUCAUCCAUCGCUACCGCUUCCCCCUCCACCCAAGACCCUUCAAGGUUGCUAUGACUACUAUAAUUAACUUAUGUCACUUGUUUGGUACUUACUAGUUGGCUGUUUCUUGACAGUUUACCUAUGGUUUUAUUCCUAUGAUCAGCUCAUAAUUCUAUUCUGUCUACUAGGUGCCACUGGCCAUCGCAGUCACCUUCACAGUGGUGUGCUUCUUCAUCGUUGGGCUGUCUCUGUACUCAGACCCCUGGAACACAGGGGGCAGCUGUGCUCUCACCCUAUCUGGAGUCCCUGUCUACUACCUGACCGUCCACCACUCACGCCUGCCCACCAGAUGGAGAAAGAUCUUCAGUGAGUGACACACCCUUAUCAUGCCACUAUAAUGCCAUUGUCAUCAUACUGAAUUACUGAUAGCAGAAAUGUCAGGUGAGGGUGGUGUUGUGGGGGAUAGUAAUGGCUGUUGCGAGUCACUGAAGGGACUGUCUCUCUAUUCUCCAGACUACUGCAGUAAGCAGCUUCAGAUAUUGCUGGAGGUGGCUCAGCAGGAAGUCCAGACCUACUGA